AUGCAGAACCUCUUCCUUUCUCUCCUGGCGGCCGCCGUGACCGUCCACGCCUACGGUUCUGGUGGCAGCAACUGGGAUCAAGCCUACUCUCGCGCCAAAGAUGCCCUGCAGAAGCUCAGCCAGACCGAAAAGGUCGGGCUGGUGACCGGAGUCAAAUGGAUGGGCGGCCCUUGUGUGGGCAACACAUACAAGCCCGAGUCGAUCGACUACCCUUCCUUGUGUUUGCAGGACUCGCCGCUAGGUAUCCGCUUCGCAAACCCCGUGACGGCCUUCCCGGCGGGUAUCAAUGCCGGUGCGACCUGGGAUACGCAGCUGCUGUAUGCGCGGGGAGCAGCAAUGGGCGCUGAGGCGAAGGGACUAGGUGUUCAUGUGCAGCUUGGUCCCGUGGCUGGACCUUUGGGGAAGAAUCCGAAUGGUGGCAGAAAUUGGGAGGGAUUCUCGGUUGAUCCUUACCUGAGCGGUGUAGCUAUGGAGAAGACAAUCAGAGGAAUGCAGGACUCGGGUGUGCAGGCUUGCGCCAAGCACUGGCUGGGAAACGAGCAGGAGCACUACCGCGAUACGAUCAGCUCGAAUAUCGGCGACCGCGCGGCACACGAGCUGUACGUGUGGCCGUUCAUGGACGCGGUCAAGGCCGACGUCGCGUCGGUGAUGUGCUCGUACAACAAGGUCAACGGCACCUGGGCGUGCGAGAGUGAUGCGAUCAACAACAAGCUCAUGAAGGAGGAGCUCGGCUUCCCUGGGUACAUCAUGAGCGACUGGAAUGCGCAGCACAGCACCGUCAACAGCGCGGUGUCCGGAUUGGACAUGACCAUGCCGGGGAGUGACUUCAGCAAUCCACCCGGCAGUAUCUUCUGGGGAUCGAAUCUGGAGGCUGCCGUCGCCGACGGUUCUGUCCCGCAAUCUCGCCUCGACGACAUGGUCACUCGUAUUCUGGCAGCGUGGUACCUCGUUGGCCAGGACAAGGGGUAUCCUCCUGUGGCCUUCAGUUCAUGGAACGGCGGCAAGGCCAACGUCGACGUGACAGCCGACCACGGCACCGUCGCCCGUGCCGUCGCGCGCGACUCCAUCGUUCUGCUCAAGAACGACCAGCGCACCCUACCCCUGCGCAAGCCCAAGAGCCUGGCGAUCGUCGGCCUCGACGCCAUCGUCAACCCUGCUGGACCCAACGCCUGCUCUGACCGCGGCUGCAACAACGGCACGCUCGCAAUGGGCUGGGGAAGUGGAACCGCCGAGUUUCCCUACCUCGUCGGACCCCUGGACGCGAUUCAGAAGCGCGCUGCAGCCGACGGCACCAAGAUCGUCCCCAGCACCACCGACGACCCCACCGCCGGAGCGUCCGCAGCUGCCGCUGCCGAAACAGCCAUCGUCUUCAUCAACUCCGACUCGGGCGAAGGCUACAUCACCGUCGAGGGUAACCUUGGCGACCGCAACAACCUGGACCCCUGGCACAAUGGCAACGAGCUAGUCAAGGCCGUCGCAGCCGCCAGCAAGAACGUCAUCGUCGUCGUCCACAGCGUUGGCCCCAUCAUCCUCGAGACCAUCCUGGCGCAACCCAGCGUCAAGGCGAUCGUCUGGGCCGGCCUUCCCGGCCAAGAAAGCGGUAAUGCCCUCGUGGACGUGAUCUACGGCGACACGGCCCCCAGCGGAAAGCUGCCCUACACGAUUGCCAAGCAGGCAGCCGACUACGGCGCCAGCUGGAUCAACGCCGAGACGGACGACUUCACCGAGGGCCUGUACAUCGACUACCGCCAUUUCGAUGCAAAGGGGAUUGCUCCGCGGUACGAGUUCGGGUAUGGCUUGUCCUACACCACUUUUAAGUACAGCGGUCUCUGGGUGAACGUGUACACGAGCGCCGGUGCGGCCAACGGAAAAGUUGUCCCCGGCGGUCCUGCCGACCUGUUCGAGGUGGUCGGUCAAGUUUCCGUCUUCGUGAGAAAUAAUGGUCGGGUGGCGGGUGCCGAGGUGGCGCAGCUGUACAUUGGACUUCCUGACUCGGCGCCUGCAACGCCCCCAAAGCAGCUGCGUGGAUUCCAGAAGAUGAUGCUCCAGCCUGGCCAGAUGGGGCGGGCGACGUUUGAGCUGACCCGUCGGGACCUGAGCUACUGGGAUGUGCAGCAGCAGAAGUGGGUGGUACCCAGUGGAACGUUCAAGGUGUAUGUUGGUAGUUCAAGCAGGGAUAUCCGGGAGGAGGGCUCUUUCAGGGUCCGUCGCGGAUGGUGA